GACAAAUGAUAACAAAAAGCUGUUAUCUGUGGUGGUGCUGGUGGUCUGAUAACGUUGUUUCGUGGUUGUUUCAGCUUCUGCUACGAAUAUUAUAACUUUAUUAUUUACGAAACAGUCCAAUUUUUAUUAAGACUUGUCGUAGAUGAUAUCUCCUACAACCUGCAAAAACUGUUCUUAACAUUUUUAUUGUUUUCUAUAACUAGAAUGGAUUUUUUUGAAAAAGCACAUGUUGUUAGAAAUCGUGAUGAUAAACACAGUAAAGAGGAACAAACUAUGAAAAAGCAGUUAAAAUUAAUGUUACAAGGAUAUAAAACAAGCAAUACAGACAUAAUUAAAGAGGCUGAAAAUGUAAAAAUAGACUUGGAUGAUUCUACUUCUGUAAGUGGUUUCUCUGAUCUUAAUUUGACAGGAUCUACCAACGAAGAAGAAACAAAUGUGAGGGAACCAAUUGAAAUAAUUAGCGAUAGUAGCGGUAAUGAGAAAUCCAAUGUACAUGAAAGUAGCCAUAUAAUGGAUUUAUACUCAAAAAAUAUUGUUGAGAAAUCGGAAUCUCCAGAUGAUUCUAUCGAUUUAUCAAGUAAUUCUCCAGCUAACGAAAAAUAUUAUUUAAGUGAUGCAUCUGACUCUCCUUCAGAAUCUAAUGGUACUAGUUCAUAUUCUUAUAAUGAAAAUAUGCAAUCAUUGGACGAUUUCAAAAACACACUGCAUGAUAUGGAUUCACUUUCUUCCACUGGUUCUUCGUCUGAUUCCAGUCCAUCUAAAUUUGACCCAGAUGGUAAAUUAGCCUUGCAAAUACUUGAAAAAUUACAAAGCAAUAGUUUAAGUACAGAAAAAAGAAAAUUGCCUAUAGUUGAUAAUGAAAGUAAUUUGGAAACACCUACAAAAGAAAAAAAGAAGUGCAAAGCAAAGAUUAAGAGGGAUGAUAUUGGGAAUAAAAGUAAAAUAAAUAUGCAGGUUUGUCCAUCACCACCAUAUGUAUCUAUUACAGCAACUGAUGUACAACCACAAAGGUUUGACGAGAUAUUGGGAGAUUACAAACAUUCUACUGUAAGAAUAUUACCCUCUGUACAUGAUACUUCAACAUUAUCUACAGAUGAUUCCAGUUUCUUUACAGAAGUAUGUACAAGAGCUAAUAUAACUAUGGAAAAUGAGUCCAGCACAAUCAUAGAGGAUAUUAGUUUUAAUGAAGUAAGUUAUACAGAUGAACAAAAAAAGACAAGACCAAAUAAAAACAAAGUACUUCAUAAGCGAGACAUAUCACCAAGCAGUCCUGUAGAUGGACAUGAAGAACUGAUGUCAGACACUGAUGAAACUACUAAUUUUACUAUAUAUUAUGUCAGGAACAAUUGUAUUGUUGUGUUAAAGCACCCUGCUGAAUUAUAUUUUCAUGGUAAACUCCUUGCUCAAGCUCUCGAUGGUCAAAUUGAAGUUGGUGGUUAUACAUUAAAAGAUGAAGAAUGUCCUAUUAUUGCGCCUGUAUAUUCAUAUGCACAGUGCUUUAGGACAGUUGAAAAUACCAAUGACCAUAGUAAUUUACUUAAUAAGUUGAAAACAGUGGGACUGUCUCUAGCAGAAGCUAGAGAAGUUACUGCAAAUGUAAGUGGAUAUGAUGGAAUAUUGCUUUUAAAGCCAUUUGAUAGUACAACCAUGGACUUUGUCGCUAACAACUUCACAAAUGUACAUUUGUUUAGAUAUGCUAAUAAAGAUCUGAGUUUAGAACAGGCAUCAAAUGUCUUAGGCUGUAGUUUGUAUUCUAAGAAACCACCAAGAUGUUUGGAGGAGAAUCCUGGCUGGAAAUCCAUUAUGGAGAUUGUUCCAAGGGUACCUUUCAAAGGGCUGGCUUGUGGAGGCAAGGGUAGCGGCAAAUCAACCUUUCUUAGAUACUAUGUGAACAAACUUUUACAGAAGACCUCAGUGCUGGUCAUAGAUUUGGAUCCAGGACAAAGUGAAUUCACUGUGGCUGGCCAUGUAUCUGCUACUGUUGUUGAUUCUCCAAUCUUUGGUCCAAGUUUUACACAUUUGAGGGCACCUAAAAGAGCACUCAACAUUGGUUUAAUAAGCACUAUGGAUAACAUAACUCGUUACAUAAACGCAGUUAAAUCUAUAAUUGCAUACAGCACAGAGAACUAUAGCCAUCUGCCCUGGAUAAUAAAUACCAUGGGAAUGACAAAUGCUCUAGGUCUCGAAGUAAUUACAUUAAUAAUAAUGUUAACUCAACCUAAUUUCGUUCUGCAGUAUGAUUCAAAUAACCCAAAGAAAAGAUUCACUUCUCAUCUCAGCCCACAAAAUGUAUUAGAUUUAUAUAGACAGUUUAGAUACAAUAAAUUAUUUAGGGAUAUAUUGUGUCCCGAUUUGGAGUAUUCGUUCAUUCUGGCGCCCGUUGCGGAGACCAUUACGACGAGUCGAUCAAUGGCUCCAAGAGAUGAAAGAUAUUUAAGUUUCUUGGCGUAUUUUGGACAAUUAGCAGCGAAUAUAAAACCCGAUGGAUGGUUGCUAGAUAUUGUACCUUAUGAGGUUUGUUUGAAGGAUUUGUGCGUAGCUGUGAAUAUACCAUUCAAAGAUAGUAUUACAAAAGUCAUCAAUGGCAAAGUAGUGGGGCUGUGUCAACACAACCCGAGAACACAAUGCAAAGAAAGAGUGUUUACACUGGCCGACCAACCGCUGCUGUGCCAUGGACAUGGUCUCAUACGAGGAAUUGAUUGGGAAAAGGAGGUUCUGUAUGUUAUCACUCCCUUGCCUGCUAGCAAGCUGUGCGAUAUCAACACAUUACUGUAUGCAGACUGGGUUCCCGACCUGAAGGGCCAAGAAGCACAUCUUCCCAAGGGCACAGAGGUCCCUUACAGAAUGAACGCACAGCAGCAACAGAUGGAAUUUAUGACUCCUCCCAGAAGGAGGUUCAAUCCUUUACAACUAUUAAAAAUGACAAGGAAUUCAUAAGCCAAUUAAAUUGAAAGUUCGGUUGAUUUGUUAAUAAAUUUGUAAUUGGAAUAAAUCCAAGACAUUCUUAAAUUAUAAAAGGAAGUCUAAUUAUGUUAAUUCAUGUAUAUUUGAAAGAUAAUUUUGUACUUACAAUACUAAUAAAACAUAACAUAGA